CGCACGGGAGGGAGGUUAGAGCGCAUCAGGAGCUGGCGCCGGGCUGUGCUGCCAUCGAAGACGCUGGAGCUGCAAAACCCCUCUGCUCGCCGGUGCCGGGGAGUUUCGGGGUCCCGAGCGCUGCCCGGGAUGGGGAGAGGCGAUGGGCAGGGGGCACCCCGGGGUGCUGCGUCCUCCCACCCCAACAGCGAGCUCUCCCGGCACAGGAGAGGGCUGCUCACCUGAAGUAUCAGAGUUUUUUAAAGGUUGCCUCAACGCUGAGCUGCUCAGAGCAGGACCUGAGGGAAGGGAACUGCAUUGUCCCAAAGUCGUGGGGAUCCUCCGUGCUGUGCCCUGGGACAUCGCACCUUCCUCAUCCUCACCUGGGGACAUCGUACCUAGGGACAUCGCACCUUCCUCAUCCUCACCUGGGGACAUCGUACCUAGGGACAUCGUACCUAGGGAUAUCGCACCUUCCUCAUCCUCACCUGGGGACAUCGUACCUAGGGACAUUGUACCUAGGGACAUCGCACCUUCCUCAUCCUCACCUGGGGACAUCGUACCUGGGGACAUCGCACCUAGGGACAUCGCACCUUCCUCAUCCUCACCUGGGGACAUCGUGCUCAGGAAAAAAGGUUCCCAUCAUGGGCUUUUUCACACACCUGGAGCACAAGGCAGAUUGUUCAUCAAAGUUUUGUAGGCUCAUCCAUCAGAGAGGAAGCCCAUAAGAAAUAGCAGCUGCUCUCCGGUAAAUCCCGAUGACGGCGUAUAGGUGAUCAAAAAAUGGCAACUCUCGGGGGGGAGGAGAGAAAUUAAAAUAAUGUGCCAACAAAAGAAGUUUGGUCAGACGCAAUCUUCUAACAAGAAUGGACUUUAAAAUUAUGGUUAUUAACAAGGUUUCAUUUCAGCAGCAGUUAAAGAAGCUUUAGAAGGUAUCGCAAUUAAUUUGUAAGUUUAUAUUACACAUUAUAACGUGAGGGGCCAUUAACGAGGCGGUGACAUUAAAUUUAAUGUACUUGGCAAAUGGGACAGUUUGUCUCUCCCUCCUGGGUGCGUUCCCGGGUGGCUGGUUGGGGUUCGGCGCUGCCGUAUUUCUUGCCGGAGGCAGCGGUGCCGGGGACCCCCGAUGCUCAAGCGGUCGGGCAGGGCUGCGCAGGCUCGGCCGGUACCCGCCGGCGCCGGGGGGUAUCGCGGUGAUGCGCGGCGGGGCCGUGGCCGUCCCGGGUCUGGGGGGCACUGGGGGGAUGAGAAGUUUUGGGCCCAGCUCUGCGGCACGGCCAACGAGGCUCAGAUGAAUAUAAGGAGAAUAUGAAAUGUCUCAUACCUAUAACUUUAAAUUAAAAAAGCAAUGUACUGUUUAUUGGUUCUUCCGAGUGUCUCCGGAGCGGCAGGCUCAUAAAGAUCAUAUUACAGUACAAGCCAUUAUGCAAAGAGUUUACUAUAUAUACAUUUCUAAAUGCUUCAGCAAACAGCAGCCUACUUACGAGCAGAGAAGGAUAACUGGUUCGUUUGGGGUAACAAAUGAUCCUUGAUUUGAUUUUAAAUGCAAUGACAGCAAAAUUUAUUUCUUAUUUAAUCACUUGCCAGAGCUGUUGAGGACGGGAUGGUAUUAAACUGCACAAUGCAGCAUAUGACUACUGAAUCAGUUGAAAUAGGCAUAAGAAUAUAUUAUGUUUAUAGGAUAGAAAAAGAUUGUACAGCAAUGCAUAUAACUAGAAUGGGUAUUUUUGUCAUUUAUACAGUAGCUUAUAUCAUUAUUUCUUCCCGCUUCCAAUUUUUCAGUAAUAAAAAUACAGGGGAUGUGA